UUAAGUGUAGGCGUCACAAAUGGGUGUUCCUUGGUUGUAGUGGAUAACCGUGACUUCCACUCUGCCUUCUCCAGUCCUUUGCUGUCUAUAAAGCGUUGCAGUACCGCCUUCCCGACCAUUGGAUCGCACUGUGAAAUCUCAUCUGCCCAUUCCGCCGGAGCUGACUUCACACGCCAGGUCAGGCGUGUUCUUAUUUCACCCGGGUAUGAGGCCCGUCGGCUGGCCUCACCUGGUUUAGCCCACCUGUCGAAGCGGUGUACCCGCUGACGCAUGCAGACGGCUACUUGGAGCCACAGUUUUAGGUAUCGAGUUCCAAGUUCAGGAGCGGAGUUCCAAAAAGCCGAUCUGCCAAUGAUCCUUUGAGGGAGAUUGUUUAAAUUUAAGAUACCGGCGGCAGAAGACCUGAGAGCUCAAGCCGGAUUAUAGAACGAAAAUGGUUCUGUGAUGUACUCCGGUCCCAGACUACUGAGAGCUUUAAAAACAAAUUCUCCUUGGCAACCAUGAACCACAGUAACAGGAGCCAUGUUGAGUUCAUUCUGCAAGGAGUCCCCAAUAGUGAUGGGUACGAGUCGAUCAUCUUCAGCAUCUUUCUGUUGGUUUACAUUGUUAUCCUGAUUACCAACCUCACAAUCAUAUAUCUGGUCAAGUCAGAGUCCAAGAUGCAUAGCCUCAUGUACUAUCUGCUCUGCCUCCUGGCUGCCAUCGACAUUGUUCUCAGCAACGUGACCAUCCCCAAGCUCCUGACCAUGUACUUCUCCCAGUCCAAGGUCAUCUCCCUGGAGGCCUGCGCCACCCAGAUGUUCUUCGUCUACUGCACAGCGCUGAGUGAGUCCACUCUGCUGGUGGCCAUGGCAUACGACCGCUACGUGGCCAUCUGUCACCCCUUCCACUACCACAAGCUGACGCUGAGCCGGAUUCUCCUGGCGGUGGGGUUGGUCAUCAUUCUCCGCGCAUCCUGCUUCAUAGUGGUCACCGCCCUGCUGACUCAAGCCACAUACUGCGGCUCCAACUACAUCCAGAACUGCUACUGCAACUAUGGCUCCCUGUCCAAGCUGGCCUGUCGCGGGGUGACGGCGAGCGACGCCAUCACGUACCCCUUAUCGUUCCUCAUCACACUGCCUGACAGCUCACUCAUCGGCUACUCCUACUUCAAGAUCUACCGGGAGGCGUCCAAGAGCGACCAAGGCAGGGCAUGCAGCAAGGCCCUCCACACUUGCACUACUCACGUCUGCAUCCUGACGCUCUUCUACACCAGCGCCCUCUUCGAGUUCGUCAUGUACCUGGUACCGAGCCUGUUCACUGAUAAGCUCCACUUCGUGGUGGCGGUCACUUUUGUCAUCUUCCAGCCCAUCUUCAACCCUAUCAUCUAUGGGGUGAGGACUAAGGAGAUCAGGAACGCCUUCCUGAAGCUAAUGGGCAGGAGGAGGGUGGCGGGCGGCCCCUGAGCAAUGCGCACACACAAAUCACUGGAAGAACUGAAGAAAGGCAGGGCCCCUGGAGGGAAACGGGCGGUCGACCCAUCAGAAUCAGGUUUAAUAUCAUUGGCUUAUAUUGUGAAGUUUGCUGUUUUGUAGCAGCAGUGCAAUGCGAUACAUUAAAAUAAAGAAUAAAUUACAAUAAGAAGUAUAUAUAACUUUUAAAAAUUAAAUAAGUAUUGCAAAGAGAGAUUAAUAAAAAAGAAAACAGAAAAAAAAUAGUGAGGUAGUG